AUGGUUCCCCAGCUGUACAUUACAAUGUACAAUGAGCAGUUCCGCUCACCCGGCAGAGUGAAAAGAACAGAACUUCGACCAACUUCAGCCCACCGUAGGAACAACCCUCAGCCACGGCCGACUUGUACUGAAAAUGCAGGAAAACCACAGCACAUGCCUGCUGUCAAUGGAUCCACAGCACAAGACCUGCCCUCUGCUGAGGGAGUGCAGAAACUACAGCUGAUGGAGUUCCCUGCUGGCACUGACAUUCAGCUUAGCACCACUUUGAGGAAUCCCCCAAAGAUAAUGGAUAAUCAAAGGAAUGCCAGUCCACUCUCAGCACUGCAACUCAUGCAACAAGCAGGAGCUCACCUACGAUCAAGACCCCAAACUAGCAACCUCCCUGCAGCUGCACGCCGUUUUCAUCAGCCACAAUACCGCAGGUGUUGUUCUAACAGCACCCUGGAUUAUAGCAGUGGCUGCUACAGUUGCUUUCAAGUGGUGAGGCCUUACCAAGCUGGACACUACAUCAUACAUCCAGAAUUUGUGUCUGAAAGUCUUUAUUAGGACCAGUAGAGGACUGGCUUCUAAAGUGGAGAUUUGAUACCCACCUACAGAGAUGCUUCAGGGAACCUGCAGGCAUUCCCAUACAUAAUAACUGGUUGAAAUUGUGGUUUAAUUCUGUCACCACUCUUAUUUCCAUGCAAACAGCAGUCAGCUGGAAUUAUUAGUAAUUAUUAAUAUUCUAUGAGAAAUAUGUGAUGAUCAAAUCAUAUGUUUUUCUGAGUCUGAUAUUUUAAUCUACAA